GACGCGUUUAAUUAUAAAAAAACUUGAGUGUAAAAUUCUUUACUUGUGCUAAACAUCUCCAUUACCAACUGAAAAAGUCAAUAAUUUAAAGUAAAUUAACAAUAUUUUCGAUAAAAAAUUAUAAAUUCGAACAAGAAUAUCAGGAGAACUAUGGCCCGGGAUCUUUCGCCCUCUAUAGAGACGGCAGAUAAAAAUAAAGAUGUUAAAGACAGCAAGGAGGGUAUUAAAGGAAGUAACAAUAAGGUGAGUUCUUCCUCGAAUUCCAACCGUGGCAGAGAAAGGGACCGCAGAAGACGAGGAAGUGCUUCUUCCAGCAGUGAAUCGAGCGACAGCUCUUCGGAUAGCAGCUCAUCACGCAGCAGUUCAGGAUCGCGUUCAAGUUCGUCUAGUUCAAGCAGUUCGUCAUCUUCAUCAUCGUCAUCUUCGACACGUAAGAGUGGCUCGCGUUCUCGUAGUCCACCACCUAAACGUCGUGAAAGAUCCCGCAGUCCUCCACCAAAGCGUCGAGAACGCUCACGUAGUCCGGCUAUUAAGCCGAGGGAGCGUAGUCGUUCACGGUCUCGUAGUCCACCACCCAAAGCUCGUGAUCGUACACGUUCUCGAUCACGUUCACCACCACCGAAACGUAGAGAGAGAUCCCGUAGUCCAGUAACAAAAACUCGUGAGCGAACUCGUACUCGUUCCCGCAGUCCAUUAGGUAAGGCCAGAGAACGAUCAGCAACACCCAAACCCACACGUAUACACAUUGGCCGAUUAACACGCAACGUCACCAAGGAUCAUGUUGUUGAAAUAUUUGGAUGCUUCGGAGAGGUAAAAAAUGUUGAAUUCCCAACAGAUCGUUUUCAUCCGAAUUUUGGACGAGGCAUUGCUUAUGUGGAAUAUGCAACCAACGAGGAGUGUGAAAAUGCCAUAAAACAAAUGGAUGGUGGCCAAAUUGAUGGACAGGAGGUGAAUGUUUCACCAGUCCUAAAUCCCAAAAUCCGACAGCCGCAACGUCGUCCAUCACCAAUAAAUCGUAGACCAAAUGAACGUUGGCGUUCUCCACCAAGAUUUAAUCGUUUCAAUCGUAAUAACCGGAAUCGAUCACCACCAAGAGGCGGACGUCGUUCACCCCGCAGACGUUCACGCUCGCCCAUACGUAGGCGUAGACGCAGCAACAGUUCAGACAGUUCUCGUUAAGAUGUUCUUCAUUCCUCCAGUCUGAGAGAAUGCACAACUGCGAACCUAAUAAUAAAACAAAAAAUAAAACACUUUUUUUUAAAGAAAUUGACAUUGUGGUAGCAAUUCUUAAACACAAAAUUUUGUCAUUUAAUAAUUUUACUACUUCUUUUGUUUCAGAAUUAUGCUUAUGUAAAAAAUACAAGAAAAAUAUUUAAACAUGUAAUAAAUAUUAAUAAAUUUUAAUUAAAA